AUGUUCACCGGCCUAGUCGAGACCAUCGGCACCGUCACGAACCUCACCUCCCUCGACUCCACCUCUUCAGGCGGCAGCGGCACAUCCCUCACCAUCUCAGACUGCGCCUCCAUCCUCAGCGACGCCUCGCUCGGCGACAGCAUCAGCGUGAACGGGACGUGUCUGACCAUCACCGAAUUCUCCCACCCCAAUAACCCCUCUUCCUCAUCCUCGUCCGCGUCUUCAUACUUCAAAGUCGGCGUCUCCCCCGAAACGCUGCGCCGCACGAACCUCGGCUCCCUGGCGCAGGGCAGCAAGGUGAACCUCGAGCGCUCCGUCUCCGCCUCGACACGCAUGGGCGGCCAUUUCGUCCAGGGCCACGUCGACACCAUCGCCACCAUCCUGGGCGUGCGCGAGGAUGGGAAUAGUCUCGUUUUCCGGCUGCAGCCGCGCGAGAGGCGGGUGCUGAGGUACGUGAUCGAGAAGGGGUAUGUGGCGCUGGAUGGGGCGAGUUUGACGGUGACACGGGUUGAGGAUGACGACGACGAGGCCUGGUUCGAGAUCAUGCUUAUUGCGUAUACGCAGGAGAAGGUGGUUACGGCCGCGAAGAGGGAGGGGGAGGAUGUGAAUCUCGAGAUUGAUAUGGUGGGCAAGUAUGUGGAGAAGAGUGUGAGGGGGUAUUUUGAGGAUACGAGGAAGGGAGGGGAGGCGGCGGUGUUGGAGAAGAUGGUGGAGAGGAUUGUGGGAGAGAAGAUCAAGGCGAUGGAUCGAUGA